AUGGCUAAUACAAAAAAAACUCAUCGAAGAGUGGGAGAGAUUACGGCAAGAGAGAGAGAGAAGCUGGAAGAAUGGCAAGCGCGACUCGAUGCUCAGACAGCCCGUAAUCAUCAACAGCCGAAUAAUCCGCCAGAGAUAAUAAGUGAAGGCCAAACAAAUACCAGAAGUAUUGCCGAGGAUAUUACAGCGAUUAUAAGGCCUCGUACGAAUCCGAUACCUCUGUCACGCGUCGCUGAAUGUCUACGAAUCGCUAUCGUGUCCGGUUCAGCAUCAUCGCUCAUGGAACUUUCCGAGCUCUACCAUUCGAGGAGGUGUCCCCGUCGAUUGGUAUUUCAUCGCUAUCCUAAGGACUAAAGAAGGAGAGCAACGGGCCAUCUCUACCUCGAGGUUUACAGCUCUCGCUUUUUGGUCUGUCCCAUGAGUGGUCAAUCCAUCCUGCGGGACUCUUCGGUUACCAACGCGGAUCUCUUCCGUGAACUAUCCACCGUCAUUUCUGGCUUUCCUCGAUUUUAUGCAUCUUCCUCGUUUAUUAGAGGAGUCACAUAAAAGGGGGGGCGUUGUAACCUUCCUUUUGCGCUUUAAAAUUUUCGCGCUGU